AUGGCGACCGACGCUGCUUCCCUCGACUGCCGAAUUCGCGAGAAUCUGCAAAGAGUGCGCGGCGAAGUCCGUGCGCUCGCUUCUCGCCACGCCCCGCCCUCCGCAUCUUCUCCUUCGGCGACUUCUUCGGCGGCAACAGGGGCUGCCGCCGGCCGCCUCAAAGUGCGGAUCCUGGCCGUGAGCAAGCACCACCCCGCGGCGGCUGUCGCCGCUGCAGCGCAGGCGGGGCAGAGACAUUUUGGGGAGAACUACGUUCAAGAGUUGGUGGACAAGGCGGCGCAGCUUCGCGAGCUCGACUUGGAAUGGCACAUGAUCGGUCAUCUCCAGUCGAAUAAAGUCAAGCAACUCCUCACUGCAUGCCCCAGACUGUACGCCGUGGAAACCGUUGAUUCGAAGAAACUAGCCAAAACCCUCAACGACGCCGCCGCGGCCGUCCUCCCUCAGCGAAACGGCGCGCCGCUCAGAGUUCUGGUUCAGGUCAACGCAUCCGACGAAGAGAGCAAGAGCGGCGUGAGACUCCACGCUAACGACAAUCCAGACGAAAAAACGGCGGGUACGUCCGGCGACAGCGCAGUGAGAGAGUUGGUCGAGUACAUCAUCGAUUCUUGUCCCCACCUUCGGUUCUCUGGCCUGAUGACAAUCGGCGAUCCAGACCCGGAACGAACUCCAGGGACGUUCGCGAAGUUGGCGAAACUGCGGUUGGACCUCCUGGAGCUUCCUCGCGUUCGCCAGGUGUUUGCGCCUCGCGCAGAGAACGUGCACGGCCGUGCAGAAGGCAAACGAGCCGUGCAGGCGGAGCCGCCCGAAGGAAACGAGCAUUGUGGGGACUCCGAUGCAGAGCGCGACACAGACGAGCGGUUCGAACUGAGCAUGGGAAUGAGUGGUGAUAUGGCUGAAGCCAUCAAACACGGAAGCACAGAGGUGCGGAUUGGCACAGCAAUCUUCGGGUCCCGCCCAGCGCAGCCGAAAAGCCGUUCCUAA